AUGGGCUGGUCAUCUACGGAUGGCUGGGCUACGAGGCUCUUGUCCGGCGAUCCUGUUGUCAUCCUCAUCGCAUUCCUGGUCACAAUAACCCUGCCACUACUUGUCCACCUGUACCUCUACACCCAGACUGCUCGUGCCAGAGUCGUCCCAAGUUUCCUCCUUCUUGGUUCCAGCGGCGCAGGCAAGACUUCUCUGGUCUCUUUGCUACAAAAACGAUCCUCCAAACAAGAAGAUUCCCAAGCAGAAGCAGCACUCACCCGCACUUCCCAAGUAUCCUCCUCCGUCAGCUUACUACUUCCGCCUUCCGUCCCCUUGGGGUCCAACAAAUAUCGCUCCGAUAAUGAUGUCAGCCUGAAAGACAAACAAUCGACACCAUAUGUAAUGAUCGAUACCCCCGGCCAUGGAAAGCUCAGGUCGGACCAGGCCUUAUCACACAUCCAGAAUCCUGCCCUCCGCGGGGUCAUAUUUGUGGUUGACUCAAGUGUUCUGGACACUAGUGACUCUUCCACAUCUCGUGACACUGCUGUAUACCUCCACGAUACACUACUGGUCCUUCAGAGACGAAAAACUCGAGGCAAAAACAAGAUCGCACUACCCGUCCUCAUCGCGGCCAAUAAGCAGGAUUUAUUCACCGCAUUACCGACAGGUGCGGUCAAGGAACGCCUACAGGCCGAGAUUGAACGGGUACGUGUUUCCAGAAGCAAAGGUCUCGGUACUGUGGGCCAAGACGUAGAUACCGAUGCAGAGGAAGACAUUCUAGGUGGUGGUGGCGAAGACAAGUUCAGUUUUGAAUUGAUGGCGGAAGAGUAUGACAUUAAGAUAGACGUCUUGGGAGGAGCAGUCAGAGGAGAAGAAGCGGGCAAAGGAGUAAGGAGGUGGGAGGAGUGGAUAGGCGGUUGUCUCUAA